UAUAGUUGUUUGAACAUGAAAUUUGCUUAUUCUCCAAAUAAUCUAUUUCAUUGUGUUUUUAUAUCCCAGAUUGUAUUUGCAAAAGAUGCCCAUUAUGCCUUAGAAGAUAUUUCACAGUCUGGAUAUGAAGUGGUGGGGUUGGACUGGACUAUUCAGCCUAAAGUUGCACGUGAAAGAACAGGAAAGAAAGUAACCCUUCAAGGUAACAUGGAUCCUUGUGCACUCUAUGCAUCUAAGGAUAAAAUAAGCGAAAUAGUGAAGAAGAUGAUUGAAGAGUUUGGUACACAGUGCUACAUUGCAAAUCUGGGGCAUGGCAUGUAUCCUGAUAUGAAUCCUGAACAUGUGGCUACAUUUGUGGAUGCUGUCCAUACACACUCACGACAGAUAUGCAAGAACAAAUAGUACCGUCAGUACUAUAUACUAUGCUAUAGAAAGGAUUCAACUCCUUGGAACAAUGUUGAAUUGAAAGAGUUGCACUGAUAAUUAAUAGAAGAAUAUGUUUUAUAUGAAAUAAAGAUUUUAUUUCAACUGAA